CAUAUGUUCGGAUCGUGAUUAUUAAUCGCAAUCCAAACUAGGGAUCCAUUCGUAAGUUACCGGGGCUAUGUGCAGAUAGGCCAGGGGGUUAUGCAAAUACUGUGCCUGGCCUGCCGGCGCGCUGCCGCCGGCGGGGGUCGAUCGUGCUGCCGCCGCCGGCCUCCGAUAGUCCCUCCGCCGUGCUUCCAGCCGCUUCCCUCCGUCGCGUUCCUCCGGAUACCCCCGCGCCGACGCGGCCUCUGCCCAGGCCAAGCUACGAAUACCGGAUCUAGCUCGCCGCCGCAAUGUCAAAGCCCCCCUGUGCCUCGCCGUCGCCGGCUGCCCUGGGGCUCAAGCGCACGCGCGGAGGUUGGCGCGCGCGGCCGUGGACUGGGGCGGCAACCAAAUUCUGGUCCUCCUCUUCUCAGGCUGUCAGGCUGCUGGCUCGGUGCCUCUCAUUCUAUCUGAAAAGAAAAUGAAAGCAUCCACCAUCUCUUUUUUGAUUGCGGAGUGGCUAGGAGAAUCUGGACUGAAGGGACUUGAAGAUGGUGCUGUGGCGAGUAUGGAAGUGUGUCACUAUGUGGAAACCGAUGCACCAGGGAUCCUUAGAAGAGAGUACAGGCCAAUGGUGCAGCUACUUGGAGGAGGUGCUUAGGACCCCGUUUGGAGGUCGGCUGUUCGUGAAGAGGUUCAAUAUGGGGGCGCCAGUGUUCUGUGUAUUUCUGGGUCCUGUACUAAUGAACUACAAAUUGGCGAAACAUGCGGCCAGAAAAGAAAAGCACAUGCUACAAAAUUGCUCUGAAAACAUGGAACUUUUGUUCAACGUUGGAAGUUGGAACAUACCAGUGUUUAUCCAUCCUGAUAGCCAAAUCAAUGUCGGGUUCAUUGGACAAAAAUGACAAAUGGAACAACGUUUAUUCCUAAUUAAGAGCUAAGAUUCAAGUCCUUCCCCGUAAAGUAUUUCUGUAUUUUUUUAGGGCACACAUGGCACUUGUUUUUUUCAUGCAUUUUUCCAUAGUGUCAGUGACAUGCUUAUCCAUUGCAGCUGCUUCUUCUCCAGGUGUGAGCAAGGGCAACAGAAGCUAUGUUGAUCUUUCUGCCCAGCUGAUGUCUCAUGCAGCAAGUGUACAGAGAAUGUUACUGCCAUGGAGACACCAGGUGCGCCCUUCCAUGGAUCACUCACUCCUCACCUCUGUUGCUUCUCUUUCCUAUUUUUCCUCAAUGUCACCAAUGCCAAUAAUCAUGGGUUCAAUCCUAGAUGAAAGAUGAUGUGAGAGGAUCGUUCAAUCUUAACUUUUUUUAAUCUUUGCAAUGAUUGGCUGUCUGGUAGCAUGCCUACCACUGUAGGAAACUGCAUAAGACUUUAAGCUCUUCUCCUAAAGUCUAACAAUGUAUCUGGUCCAGUCCCAGAAAAGCUGCAGAAGCAUGCCUACCACUGCAGGAACUACACCUUAUCUGGACAGAUCCCUGUUAACUGAAGUUUCAGUCUUCCUGGCCUCUAAAUUAUCUCAAUCAUAGAGAGCAGUUUAACAGGUCAAAUUUGCAUUGAGCCUCGCUGCUUCUUGGUACCCCAAUGUUCUUGACCAGCUGGCUAGUAAUCUGAUUGAGUGUUUCAUGUCAACUCAGGUGGGCAAGCUGACUUAUCUUGAGCAUGGAUUAGGAUUCUUGGUUCAAUGCGUGCUACACUUAUCAAAAUACAAAUAUUAAUAUCUUGUCACUACCCUUUCCCAGAAAUCUAUGGUACCCCGGAUUCCAGUACCUAAAUAAUGAGUUUAGAAACAAAGAGGAAAAGGUACUAACAGAAAACUGCCACCACCAUUCUUCUUGCUUUUGUGAAAUGUUUUCACAUGCGUGUCGAUCAGUGAUUGAACACCCUCUUGUACAGCAUUGGUGAUGCAAGCUGAUGUUUGCAAUGUCUCAUCCUUCGAAUUGCACAACAGACAUUUGCUAUGAUGUGGCUAUCCCAUGUGCUGGAGCCUCUUGGUGUCCCAGCAACUAUUACAGAUUGCCAACCAUAUUCUGAGUUUCUGUCUCUGACCAUCGUUAUCAUGAGCAUGGCGAACAUUGUUUCUUCUUGUGGUUUCACUGGACUAAUGCACAGAACAUAUUUCUUGUUUGGUCAUUGUUGCAUUAUCGUGCUUAUCAUUGAAUCUUUUAGUAAUUUAAUAAUACACUACUAAUUGGAGUUCAAAGCAGCCAGAGGUGAAAACUGAAAAGCGCAUGGUACAAGUUGCUUACAUCAGUGCUUUAUCAGGACCUACCAUGCCAGUCAACGAGAACAUGUUGAAAGCCUACAGCAAUGUGUUAAAAAGCGCUUGGCACUAGGUGGGAGACUGACAUGUAGGGCCUAGCUAGACAAUUUUUUUAAACAAAGGGUGCCAGAUCAGAAGCCAAAGUCCUCCAGGGACCAAACAAUUAUUAAAGUGUUGAUUCAGCAAACAUUGGAUGAAUUCAAUGAAGGCAGUUUAUUAAUGCUACACAGGUUGACAAUGGCAGUCAAAAGCAGCAUCAUGGCAGCGACAUGGCAGUCAAGGAUAACAUAUUAAAGGCCUGUAUGAAGUUCAAGGAAAUCAUUAUAGACAGGUAUGUUUAACUAACGCGCAUAAUUAACAAUACUGCUCGUUAUCUAUUUGUAUCAACUACACUGCUACAUAACACUCACUGCAUUUGUAUGCCUCAGUGACUACUGACAAGAUUGACAUGUUCGCACCAAUGGCCGCUGCAAGCAACUCGAUUGCGCUGGUAUUGCUGCUGGCCAUCUUGUUGUCAACCCUAGUAGCAGCUGGUGCUGCUUCUCACCAAAGCUCAAAUCUGAGUCAAACCAUCAGUGGCAGAGACACCGACCUUGCUGCGCUGCUGGCUUUCAAAGGCCAGCUCUCGGAUCCUCUAGGCGUCCUUGCUGGUAGCUGGAAUACCAAUGUAUCCUUUUGUCAUUGGGCUGGCGUCUCAUGCAGCCGUGGCGGGCAGCGUGUCUCUGCUCUAUCUUUGCCGGAUGUGCCCCUCCAUGGAGAGCUCACCUCUCACCUUGGUAACCUUUCUUUCCUCUCCUUGCUUGACCUCACAAACACCAGCCUUACUGGCUCAAUCCCUAAUGAUCUUGGUAGGCUACGUCGUCUUAGGAUUCUAAAUCUCUCUGGAAAUGGCCUCUCAGGGGCCAUUCCUUGUAGCAUAGGAAACCUCUCACGACUUGAGCUUCUUGACCUAGGUUCCAACAUCCUCUUUGGGCAGAUAUUGCCAGAGUUGAUGCUGAACCUGCGCAGCCUUCGCAACCUUUCUCUGAAAGGGAAUGAGCUGAGUGGAAAUAUACCGCCAUAUCUGUUUAAUAGAACACCUUCCCUGAGAUACAUAAGCUUGGAAAACAACAGCCUAUCAGGUCCUGUACCACACAGUGUGGCCACCCUGCCCAUGCUUGAGUACUUGAACAUGCAACGUAACCAGCUCUCUGGUACACUGCCCCCAACCAUAUACAACAUGUCUCGGUUGCAAAUCAUAAUACUUCAACACAACAAUCUAACUGGACCAAUUCCAAAUAAUCAAAGUUUCAGCCUUCCAAUGCUACAGAUACUUGGACUAUCGGUUAACAACUUCAAAGGUCAGAUUCCAUCAGGGCUAGCAGCAUGCCAAUCUCUACAAAUUAUUGCCUUAUCUUAUAAUUUUUUUGUGGAUGUUGUGCCAACAUGGUUGGCUCAACUACCACACCUCACCAAACUUUCGAUGGGUGCAAAUCACCUUGUUGGCCCUAUUCCAGCUGUUCUUAGCAAUCUCACUGGUCUUACUCUACUAGACCUUGGUUCCGACAACCUGACAGGUGACAUUCCAACAGAAUUAGGCCUCAUGCAAAAACUUUCUUAUCUGCAAAUCAUAGACAGCAUGCUGACAGGUCCGAUUCCAUCUUCUCUUGGAAAUUUAUCUGAACUGUCUUUCCUAGAUCUGCAAAGAAAUCAAUUGUCUGGCUCAGUACCAACGACACUAGGGAACAUCCCAGCUCUGAAUGUGCUUGCUCUGUCAGAUAACAAAUUAGAGGGGAACCUGGAAUUCUUUUUGUCUCUUUCUAACUGUAGGCUACUCCGGAUCCUUGACAUAGCUAAUAAUGCUUUCACAGGGAGACUAUUAGACCAUGUGGGAAACCUUUCUACACAAUUACGUACGUUUACUGCAAGUCACAACAAGUUAACAGGCAAGCUUCCAUCAACGUUGUCGAACUUAAGCAGUCUUAGCUGGCUCUCUCUUCCCAACAACCUAUUCACAGGUGUUAUCCCUGAAUCUAUCACACAGAUGCAAAACCUAGCAUGGCUUGAUGUUUCCAAAAAUGAGAUUUCAGGGCCUAUCCCGACACGAAUUGAUAGUCUCAAAAGCUUACAAAGGCUGUUUCUUGACACAAACAAACUAUCUGGCUCCAUACCAGCUAGCAUUGGCAACAUUAGUAAGCUGGAAAUCAUCUGGCUGUUCGAUAACCAGUUAGAUUCAACUGUACCGGUAAGCUUGUUCCACCUUGACAAACUUGUCCAACUAGUUAUGUAUAACAAUUCCUUUACUGGUGUGCUACCUUCUGAUGUUGGCCAUUUCAAACAACUAGCUGAAAUGGAUUUCUCUUCCAACUUUUUGCAUGGAAGCAUCCCAGAAUCAUUUGGGCAACUCAGGAUGCUCACGUACCUAAACCUGUCACACAACUUUUUUGAGGACUCGAUCCCAGACACAUUCAAACAUUUGACUGGCUUAGCAUCAUUGGACCUCUCCUCUAACAAUCUCUCUGGUGCCAUUCCCAAGUUCAUUGCCAAUUUCACUUACAUGACAACCUUGAAUCUCUCCUUCAAUAAACUAGAAGGAAUCAUACCAGAUGGAGGUGUUUUCUCAAACAUCAGCGUGCAAUCUUUGAUCGGAAAUACCGGGCUAUGUGGUGCUCCCCGUCUAGGAUUUUUGCCAUGCCCUGAGAAGUCAAAAUCAAAUAGUAGACACUUUCUGAAAUUUCUACUCCCUGCUGUCACUGUUGCUUUUGGUUCUAUUGUUCUGUGCAUUUGCCUAACAGUAAGGACACUAAAAAAGGGACAGGUUCAAACAUUGAACAUUGAUCAGGGUGAUAUCAUGAGCCUUAGAUUAGUGUCCUAUCACGACCUUGUUCAUGCCACGGAUAACUUUAGCAGCAACAACCUGUUGGGGACUGGGAGCUUUGGAAAAGUAUUCAAGGGCCAACUAAGCACUGGUUUGGUGGUUGCAAUUAAAGUUCUAGACAUGAGGCUGGAGCAAGCCAUUAGAAGCUUCGAUGCAGAGUGCCGUGUGCUUCGCAUGGCUCGGCACCGCAACCUGAUAAGGAUACUAAGCACCUGCUCCAACCUAGACUUCAGAGCACUUGUCCUCCAGUAUAUGCCCAAUGGCAGCUUAGAGAAGCUCUUACACUCUGAAGGUAGAAGGCACUUGGGGUUCCUUAAGAUGUUAGAGAUCAUGCUAGAUGUGUCGACGGCAAUGGAGUAUUUGCACCAUGAGCAUCACGAGGUUGUCCUGCACUGUGACUUGAAGCCUAGCAAUGUUCUAUUUGACAGCGACAUGACAGCACAUGUGGCUGACUUUGGCAUCGCAAAGUUGCUACUGGGUCAGGACAGCUCCAUGAUCACUGCUAGUAUGCCUGGAACUCUUGGGUACAUGGCACCAGAGUAUGGAUCGUUUGGGAAGGCAUCACGCAAGAGCGAUGUGUUCAGCUUUGGGAUCAUGCUUCUUGAAGUAUUCACAGGAAAGAAACCCACGGAUCCCAUGUUUGUAGGAGACCUGAGCAUAAGGCAGUGGGUUCAUCAAGCAUUUCCGUCAGAGAUUGUCCACGUUUUGGACGACCAGCUCCUACAAGAUGCUUCUGCUACGCCCUGUGACCUGAAUCACCUACUUGCUACAGUAUUUGAGCUGGGUUUGAUCUGCUCGAGUGAAUCACCUGACCAAAGGAUGUCAAUGAGCGAUGUGGUGGUGACGCUGAAAAAGAUUAUAAAGGAUUACGCCAAAUCGGCAUCAGCCACAACGCAGAGUGCAGCCUAGUGAUUACCAAUUACCCUUUUAUUUGUACGCACCUGCUCUGUUCACGUCUGCAAUAGAAAAAUAGCAUCGGCAAUCUUUCAUCUAUUUAUUUUUCACUAGUUGUUUGUCUCUGGUGAUUUCUGAACACAAACCACCAUAUGUGAAACUAAGUUUGUGUAAUGUGAAAUGGAGUUCCUUUUCAGAACGAGCUGUGAAAUGGAGUCCAGUGUCCCCUUCAUAUGCUGUCUCCUUGAAACACCGGUAUGAAGAACAAAUUUGUCAGAGAUCAAGGCAAAGAGACCGCCGCCGCGUUCUGCCCCUGUGCAAGAAGAUUCUUUUUUUUGACGAAGAACUGUCAAAUGGAGUUCAGCAUUCACUUCGUAUGCUCUGUCGUUCCAGUGGAGUGUGGCACGAAGAACUGUCAAAUGGAGUAGCAAUUGUCGGAGAUCAGGGCAGAGAGACUACCGCCGGGGUCGUCGUUGUCGCACAGGCUCCGGCCGCCGUGCAGGAGGAUACAGCGUGCACCCUCGCGGCGAGGCACGGACCAAGCCGCCACGAGCCCACGGCCGGUCAACCGCCGCUGAAGUCAAGCGCGGUGCUGCUCGCUCGGCUCGCCGGCUAUGCUGAUGAUUCGAGCGCGCCUGCCACUGAAUAAUUGAGCAAAUUGUUUGCCCUGGACUUGAUUGGGGUCGGAGCUUCACGAUUCUGACCGGCGGUGGCGGCGGCGGACGUCGAUGACAGACCGGAGCCGGAAGCGCCGAUCCAAACCAAAGUAGGGGCCCAUAUGUAAAUAUUUGGAUCGCGAUCAAUAAUCACGAUCCAAUUUAGCGGGGUAUUUGUAAACUUGAGGGGGUUAUAUGAAAAUAAUCGGAUCGCGAUUAAUAAUCGCGAUCCAGAUUAGGGUGGUAUAUGUAAAGUGCAGGGGCUAAAUUCAGAAUAACUAGAUAGCGAACCGGGGCCUCUUCCGCAAAGCAUUCGGGUUCGGCGGACAUGGCAUCCGGCGGCGGCGCGCUGCCGCCCACCGGCCACCGCUGACCUUGCCUCCAUGCGCCCCGAGCUCCCCUCCAUAGAUAUCAUGCCACCACCUCCUUGUCCGCCGCGCUUCCCGCACCCACAAUUACGUCUCCCACGGAGAUGAAAGAGGCUCCCUCGGCAGCGGCACCGGUCGCCCAGUGGCCAGAGACGGUGAGGGCCGUGGCAAUUUCUGCUACUCCUCUUCUAAGGCUGCCUGCUGGGUUCGUCCCCUUCGAUCUGAGAAUGACAAGUGUGCUUACCAAUUGUUCAACCUUAUGCCAGAAGUGGAAAGCACGUGAUUGAAGUUACUUAGGAAGCAUGGACCUUCUUCAAUAUUAAAAGUUACUUAGACAGCAUGGAACCUUCUUCAACAUUCAAUCAGGGCGCGCAUGUUGCAGCUUCAAACAUACUAGGGCCUAUCCAUCCCAAAGCAAAAUCAAUGUCUGGUUCAUUGGAUACAAGUGGCUAAUCAAUGUAUCUGGUUCAUUCCCGUAAAGUAAUGCUCUAUUCCAAGGAUUUCAGUUCAGUCAUAUUCCCUGAAUGCCUGGUGGUUCAGAGGACAGGGGAGGGGGUCGCUCUGUCUGAGGAUAUUUGGCCCGUUGAUGCAGCAAACAGAAGUGGCCAAUACACAUGUUAAACCAUAGGCAAUGACAUGCCCUGGUAAUGUUAUUCCAGUCAAUAGUAACAGAUUGAAAAACCUACAGAAAUUACAACUGUUACAGGCAGCUACCUACAAAAAGAUCGACACUGCUGGCGAGAUUGACAUGCUCCCUCCAAUGGGAGUGCUGCUGCAAGUUCAGGUCAAUAUUGUUGGCCUUCAGUUUCCACCACCUUGCACUGAACGAGCUAGUAACCUGUGGAGACUAUCAGACUAGGAUCUGAAUUUGUAUGCAUGGAAAUUCAUCACAAAAUGAUCCAGCAAUAUGAAUUAAGGAUGCGCCAAAUUGGGGCAUCGGCCUCCUUCUUGCCACUGGAUUGAGAGAUUAGAGGAGCUUGCGCUAACAAGUAGAUGCAUUCAGAUGAGCCAAAUUAAGAAUGCACAACAGCCAGUGAAUUUGGAUGAGCUAAUUCAACAAUUCAGCCACAGAAAAAUUGGAUCUUCUCGUCAAAGUUUUAGAAAAGUACAUAUUGGCAUGAGAUGCAUCACACUACAGGUUAAACUUUUCUAUUUUGCAGCUUAAGGUGCAGGUUAAAGCUCAAGGGAUUGUCAUGGGAUUCUUUGACAAGGGAUUAUCUUAUUUCAAGGGAUCAUGUUUAGUCCAGUUCUUCAGCUCUUAACUAAAGCCUGAAAUGAAUACGAUUCCUUCCAUCUAAAAUCAUCUAUGGUCAAGAAAAUUUGCAUCGCUGCAGAAUUUUAGUUCAGUUCAGCAUCACAUGACAUGAUAGGGCAGUAAUAACCUGUUAAUUUAGUAUUAGAAUACCUCCAAUGUUGCAGAUGGCAAACAUAUAAAAUUAGACACUUCUUUUAUUUAGUGGGCCCACUCGUCAGAACCACUCCAUAAGUCAAGCAUUUUCCCCAACAGCUGCCGCCUUGCCGGGUGAUGCAAAAACAUGAACGAAAAUACUUAACCAAACAGAUACAUCGUACCAAAGGCACCACAAAUCGACACGUGCAUAUCAUGGUAACAUAAUUCCACAAAAAUACAUGAAAGCAUCGCACAAGAGGCAAUACAUUUGGAUGAUAAUGAUAAUAUUAGUUGAACUCCAUCCAAAACAAAUUCUCAAUACACAAUAACAGGAAUCUUCCCGGACAAGACCAUCACACACAAACUUCCCCCUUCUUCCUCUAAACCUACAUAAUUUAUUCUAUCCA